AACAGCGGGCGACAGAAAGCAGAAGACACUGAAUACACAAAUGGCGACAACAAAUGCAGCCAUUAUCGAUUAAUUUUGUUGUGAUUGUGUUGAGUGAAUUGAUCAUGCUAAGAUAAAAUUGUAUCAAGCAAUAAUAUUAACCUUUUCGAUAACUGCGGUACCAACGAGCCCACAUGUGUAUGAGGUCACAUGCACUGCACUGCACUGCAGAGAAUGUUUUUAUUGAAGGGGCUAAAGCCCAAUGCUUGUAGGCCUAUACUCAGUCAUGUUGUCAAAAGAGGGACAUAUUGCAGACAAGCAUCAUCCAGGCUAGUUCUAGGCAUCGAGACCAGCUGCGACGACACAGGGGCAGCUGUGGUGGAUGAGACUGGUUUGAUUCUGGGGGAAUCACUGCACUGUCAAAAAGUGGUCCAUCUGCAAACGGGUGGGAUCAUACCAGCAGUUGCCCAGCGACUCCACAGGGAGAAUAUAUCCAGAGUUGUUCAGGAGGCGAUAGACAGGAGUGGCAUCUCCCCAAGUGAACUUUCAGCCGUCGCGACCACUGUAAAGCCAGGCCUGUCUCUAAGCUUAGGAAUUGGCUUGGAUUUCAGUCUGGCCUUCGUAAAGCAGCACCAAAAGCCCUUCAUCCCCAUCCAUCACAUGGAGGCCCAUGCUCUCACUGUGAGGAUGCUGGAGCCUGUUGAAUUUCCUUUCCUGGUCCUUCUCAUCUCAGGGGGUCAUGCCCUUUUGGCUCUAGCCAGGGGUAUUGAGGACUUCCUUCUCUUAGGGCAAUCCACAGAUGAAGCACCUGGGGAUACCUUAGAUAAGGUAGCACGGAGACUGCACUUAAGAAAUCAUCCAGAGUGUUCCACAAUGAGUGGGGGUCAAGCAAUUGAAUACUUAGCCAAACAAGGCAACCGACACAAUUUCUUGUUCAAGACACCCAUGGGACAGGUCUUUGACUGCAAUUUCUCUUUUGCUGGUCUACGGAACCAAGUGUCAAUGGUCAUAGACAGGAAAGAACUUGAAGAGGGAGUGAAGUCAGGAGACCAACUACUGUCAUGUGUUAAUGACAUUGCUGCUGGCACACAGCACACAGUGGCCUCCCACAUUGCUAAACGGACACAUCGGGCUAUCCUGUUCUGCAAAGCUAGAGGCCUUUUACCUCAACACAAUCCCACUCUGGUUGUGUCAGGAGGGGUGGCGAGUAACUCGUACAUCAGGGAGACUCUGAAACUUCUCACAGACGCCACAGGGCUGCACUUGCUUUGCCCCCCAUCCAAGUUUUGCACUGACAACGGAGUCAUGGUCGCAUGGAAUGGAGUUGAAAAGCUAAGGGAGGGAAGAGGCAUUCUGCCCUGUACAGAGGUGGUCCGCUAUGAACCAAAGGCUCCUCUCGGUAUUGACAUCACAGCAGAGGUGAAGGAUGCUGCCAUUAGACUCCCCCCUUUAAAACUGAAAGUAAAAAAACUGACUUUUUGACAAGAGUUAUUAUGUACAAAAUGUAUUUUUAAUUUUGGAAGGAAUAAAAAUACUAUCUUUGCUAUUUAUUCAAAA